AUGAAUGGCACUAUCUCGUCCACCACGGUGUCCGAAAAGGUCCGCAAGACCAGGGUUUCUAAAGCCUGUAAUUUCUGUCGAAAAAGAAAAGUGAAAUGUGAUGGUGCUCAACCAUGUUCCAACUGCGUUCACAGCGAUAAUAAAAUUUGUGAAUAUCCCAUAAAUUGUAGAAAGCCCCGCCAGCGGAAACCAGACCAUGGGCAGAACGUACAGCGUUUGGAGAGAAGACUAGGAAAUUUGGAGACGUUGAUAAUGCGGUUGACUUCGAAAUUGGAUCCGAACAACGAAGAAGAUACAAGUCUUUUGGCCAUAGAUGAUGGCUCGGACGCCUCUACCACGUCCCAGAGUGACAACGAGGCCAUGGAACUGGGGGAGAAGUUGGGCGGAUCAUUGAAGAGCGACACAACUCCAGCCGAGACUGCCGAGACCGGCUCAUUCAAGAACAGCACCGACCAGGCUCAACAGCCUCAGCAGCCGCAAAGAAAGGUGAUCUUUAUGGAACAGUACUACGGUACGCAUUCCCUUUUCAACAUUUUUUCUCAGAAAUCCAUAGAAUGGAUGGCUCAGUUGCUAGGUCCUGAAGACCGAUCAUAUGUGAGACCGCUCGAAACCCUAGCCUAUGUCUUUAAAAUGUGCAAAGAAUCACCACAAGCGGUUCUGAACGUCGGUCCCCAGGUGGGAGCAGAACAGUUGAUAAAAAUUCACAAGGGAAAAGCGGUGGAAGACCCUCAGCUAGUGUAUGACUUGUUGGAGAAUUACGAUACUAUAUUCAUGGUGAGCUACCUCUGUGAUCUCAAAGACAUACGAGCCAUGUUUGACCAGCUUUUGGGUCCGCAUGGAUCUGCAAAGCGUCCCACUAUGCCUGAAUUGCUAGUGAUGAAUGUGGCACUUUUGCUUUGCAUCUCAAGAGAACAAGACAUAAGAAGACAGCGCCAUUCCAAAAGCCAUCUCUCCAGAAAGGUUCGCCCGGCCCUCGACAAACUAACCCUUCUUGACCUUCAAAGAAUGCAAGACGCCUAUACUAACUAUGCGUUAUUCUAUUACUCCAAAGUUCUGCUAUUUCAUGAGGGAAUAAUCGCCAUUCAGGGCAUUCUUCUUCUUGCAAUGUACAUUGAGACUUGCUGGACCACUUCAAAGACAAAUUAUAUUAUGAUAUCUGUGGCCGUUCGUCUAGCUCAAGAAGUGGGCUUACACCGUUUUGAGAGCUUUGAAUUUCUUUCCGAGAAUGAGAGAAAUCAACGACGUCGUUUGUGGUGGUUUUGCCAAUACUUCGAUAUGGAACUCUGUUAUAGAGCUGGCCGUCCACCUUUGGUCAACUACCUUGACGUCUCCACAUUUUCUGAAAAUGACUAUGGGGGCUAUCAGAUCGAUAUUCCCAAGGAAUUGAUGUCUUGCUCGCACUGGUCACAAAUGGCUGAAGAAAUUCGAACUGCUCCUGACGAAUGCAUUUACCAAUGCACGAGCCAUUUUUUGAUGCAAUUAACGAAAAUCAGAGCCAAGUCUUACAAUGUCUUGUUCAGCGCAUCGGCCGAACAUAAGUCAUUUUUCACCAUUCUGCAAACGCUCUCCAGCCUAAACCAGGAACUCAUGGACGUAAGCAAUUCGAUGCCUCCGGUUAUUCGUCCGCUUUUCUACGAUCACGUUGAUUUCGACACUCGAUACCGUGAAGUUGUCAUGAAGCUCAGUGACACUUCUCGCGAUAACUUUCUCACAUUUCAAUUGACCUACUUCAUUCACCUCAUGACUAUCAAUAGGUUGCCCUUCCAGAUAGACUAUCCUGAUCACGAUCAAUUUUGUUCCGAGAGUCUCAACUUUCGAGAAUUACAGUCCAAUAGCUCAAGAACAAUAUUACAUUUGGUCAGAAAGUUGGACAGGGCAACUGCAUCUCCUUCCUGUGUCAAGUGGCUACUGUAUUAUCCUUUUGCUGCAUACAUGAGCAUGAUUAGAACCUGCCUACACAGACCAGCACACACCGAUACUUAUCUUGACUUGAAACUACUCAUUGAUGUAUCCAUGAAUUUUUUCAGUUAUUUCAAGCAUGUGGAAGAAACUCUGGGAAUAAAUCGUUUCCAUCCACUCAGCAGAGAAGCCGCCACGGAUGGUAUCGCUCGAAUAUUGUUGAGAAUUGUUGUAAGGUACUUUCAAAAAACUACAUCAUAUAAUCUCAUGGCUGAGAUCGAUGGAUUGGAGGAUCAUUUGGAGAGUGUUACAAAAAUCUUCCCAGAUCUCCGUACCGCGGAAGAUACUGAAGUGUUUCGGUUUAUCUUUGGAGAGGAUCGGCUCAACUGGGAAGCUCAGACAGCAAAGGAAACAAGCUCGACCAACAGCUCUAUAAACGACACUUUCCAGGGCAAAGACGACCAGAAAGGCGCACCACUUAACUACGGUCUCUUUUUCGACAGUGGUUUGAACAACCCAUUACUUGAGUCAUCGUACUCUCCCAUGAACAACUUGCCCAACUUUUUCUUUGACAAUAAUUUAGGCUAG